CAACAUAAGUAAGCCCUUUGUGUUUGCCAAGACUAAAUCACUACCGCAUACUUAGUAUAUAAUUGGUGCUAAAUGUUUUUUUCUCACUUCUUUUUUUUUUUUUUUUUGGUGCUAAAUGUUUUAAGGUGAGAAAGUAACAUUUAGGGAUGUAAUGAAAUGUAAUGGUGGGAUCUCCGUGAAACGACAAAUUCAUUUUGGAGAAAGCUUUUUAAAAAACGCAAACCACAAACCUUUGCCAUUUGUCAGCUUGAAGUCUACGGAACUGCAAGCAAAAUAAAGAUUGGUGGAACUUUGCUUCUGACUGACCCCUACAGUCCCAUAUAUUUUCUUGGCCUUUACAAAGCCCCCAGGCAUCGUCACAUGCAGUCCUGAAAAGCCUUUUCUCUGUACUUCACACAGCCCAGACCAGCCCACGUGGAUUCCUCGCCCGGCUGCUUCCGCUUCCAUUUUGUCCCCUCCUAUUUCUCAUUCGGCGCCUCAGAAUGACGUCUGAAAUGAGCGCCGACGCUGCCCAAACAGGAGCCUGCGCAUGCGCUCUGCCCUGGCAGCGGCCCCGUGCAGAGCCCUGAGCGUGUGGAAGCAGUGCGGUCGUGGUCCCUCCCUAUGCGGCCUGGUUUCUAGCGUGACACGCCCUUGACUUGAGGACCAUGAACCGCAGCCGCCAGGUGACGUGCGUGGCCUGGGUCCGCUGCGGCGUGGCCAAAGAGACACCGGACAAGGUAGAGCUGAGUAAAGAAGAAGUAAAACGCCUCAUUGCUGAGGCAAAGGAGAAAUUGCAAGAAGAAGGUGGUGGCAGUGAUGAAGAGGAGACAGGUAGUCCUUCAGAAGGUGGCAUGCAGAGUGCACGCACCCAGGCACGCCCAAGAGAGCCCCUGGAGGAUGGUGACCCAGAGGAUGACAGGACGCUUGAUGAUGAUGAGCUGGCUGAGUACGACUUAGAUAAAUAUGAUGAGGAAGGUGACCCAGAUGCUGAGACUCUUGGUGAAUCUCUCUUGGGUCUUACGGUCUACGGGAGUAAUGAUCAAGAUCCUUACGUUACUCUGAAAGAUACAGAACAAUAUGAACGUGAAGAUUUCUUGAUUAAGCCCAGUGAUAAUCUUAUAGUUUGUGGCCGAGCUGAACAGGACCAGUGCAAUUUAGAGGUGCAUGUUUAUAAUCAAGAAGAAGACUCUUUUUAUGUACACCAUGAUAUACUCUUGUCUGCAUAUCCUCUGAGUGUGGAAUGGCUGAAUUUUGAUCCUAGCCCAGAUGAUUCUACUGGAAAUUACAUUGCUGUAGGAAACAUGACCCCUGUUAUUGAAGUGUGGGACCUUGAUAUAGUGGACUCUUUAGAGCCAGUCUUCACACUUGGAAGUAAACUUUCAAAAAAGAAGAAAAAGAAAGGAAAGAAGAGUUCCUCAGCAGAAGGGCAUACCGAUGCUGUCCUUGACCUUUCGUGGAAUAAGCUAAUCAGAAAUGUUUUAGCAAGUGCAUCAGCUGACAACACUGUAAUUCUGUGGGAUAUGUCCUUGGGGAAACCAGCAGCUAGCCUCGCUGUACACACAGACAAGGUCCAAACACUGCAGUUUCAUCCAUUUGAAGCACAGACUCUGAUUUCUGGCUCAUAUGAUAAGUCAGUGGCUUUGUAUGACUGCCGAAGUCCAGAUGAAAGCCAUCGAAUGUGGCGAUUCAGUGGGCAGAUAGAGAGAGUGACUUGGAAUCACUUUUCACCUUGUCAUUUUUUGGCCAGUACAGAUGACGGCUUUGUAUAUAAUUUGGAUGCACGUUCAGAUAAGCCAAUUUUUACACUUAAUGCACACAAUGAUGAAAUCUCUGGUCUUGAUCUUAGCAGUCAAAUCAAGGGCUGUCUCGUGACUGCUUCAGCUGACAAAUACGUGAAGAUCUGGGACAUCUUAGGAGAUAGGCCAAGUCUAGUUCAUUCUAGGGACAUGAAAAUGGGAGUUCUCUUCUGUUCUUCAUGUUGCCCUGAUUUGCCAUUUAUUUAUGCCUUUGGAGGUCAAAAAGAAGGGCUUCGGGUCUGGGAUAUAAGCACAGUCUCUUCAGUAAAUGAAGCAUUUGGAAGACGAGAGAGGCUUGUUCUUGGGAGUGCAAGAAAUUCGUCUAUUAGUGGCCCUUUUGGCAGCAGGAGCUCAGAUACACCCAUGGAGUCUUAAUGAAGAUCAUCUAAUUUCCUGCUUACCUUAACUGGGAAUUGUAAAAAGUUGGCCUAAAAACGUUCCACGCGUGGCAGCAACCAUGCAGAGUGACUGAAACACAAUUCAUUUCUGACUACCUGACAUUCCUUUCUCCAACUGCGGUGGCACCACAAACAGCCGGUCUUUGUGCUUGCUCUUCAGAUGGAUGGUUUGUAAGGCCCUUGUUGCAUUUCUUAAAAAAGAGUAAUAAAAAGGAUUUUUAAAAAGUAUAAUUCCUUAAACAUACCAUCUGUCACCGUUAAUCUAGGUUUGUAAAUAGGUAGUAAUUUAUAGAAUUUUUAAAGCGUAAAAUCCUGUAAUAUUAAAAGAUGGGUAAACCUAGGCCUGGAAAGGUUGUUAUUUGGCUAAGAUUGUACAGGAGGCCACGAACAGAGGCAAGUGCCCCAGAGACUCCACUUUCAUUCCUAACUGUUCUCAAAUUAAUGCUCAUGAUUGAGUAUUUAAUACUCAUGAUUGAGUAUUCUCAGUGCAACUGGUAGAGUUUGAUAAGUAAAAGUUACAUGCCCCUGUUUUCCUAGCAUGAUAUUCACUGUUAUCAAAGACAAGAGGUAGACCAUUCAUUCAUUCUCAAAACACUGAAUGCCAUUCUGUGCCUAGUGCUAUACAAGGCAUGGGAGAUUCAGUGUGAAUAAGUCUUUGCUCUCCACCUAACAAGGGACAGUUUUAAUUAUAGAUUGUCUUCCUAUUAAGUAUGAGUUUUAGUAGGCAUUAAAAAUUAGUUUGAUAAUAUGAGACCCAACCCUAACUUGCCAGAAGAGUAAUCAGUUCAUGAACCAUUGAUAUUUCCUGUAUAUUUCAUGAAUGUGACUUCAGUCAUUCUAGUGUUAAUACUGUGGAAUGUCAUUGGUGUAGCAACGUGGGUUCACCAAAACACCUUUUUAUACAAAGGACAGAUGCGUGAAUUAAAGAGAUUAAAGGAUA